AUGUCUUUCUUCUCACGAUUACAGUCUGGGUUCAAAGCCCAGGAUGCGGAUGAGGUGUCGAACGUGGCAGAUCAGCUGUCGCAGCCCGCGUCUCUCCAUAAUUUGCAUGUCGAGGUGGUCACUUUGAAGGACUAUAAAAAAGCGGCAAAGACGCUUCAAAUCGCGUUCAAAGACGACCUUUACGUGAACUUCCUAACGAGCGGUAUCAGCGACGACCGUUUGAGGAAACAGAUGAAUCUGGCACUUUUCGAAGCAACGGUGUAUUCGACGAUUUUGCAAGGUCUUGUUGUUGCAGUGCGAGAUUCGGAACUGGAGCAGAAGAUCCCAGACGCUCCGUUCUUGGCCGUGGCCUGUUUCGAGAAGCCUGAGAAGGCCAGUGCGCCCCGCGAUCAGUCGAUCAUGAACUAUUUGUGGUCGAUGUACCAAGGUGGCUACCUCAAGUUUAUGUGGUUGGCCAACAAAGAGACUAGACAGCGAGUUUUAGAGGAACAGAACGAGCUUUUGCAUUCGUUCAGGGCCGAUGUUUUGGGCCCCGAGCUUGAGAAAUCGUGGUACCUGUCGGAUAUCGGAGCCAUUCCUAGAGGAAGAGGUAAAGGACUUGCUCGACGUUUGAUCGAUUACGUGACGCAUUAUUACAUUGAUCCGUACAAACAGAGCGGUGGAGACGGUAGCGAUUCGGACUCGGACGACGAGAACGGCCCGGUGCAGUCUGGAUUCGACGCAAACGAGGAGUCUUUGUUGGAUUCGGAGAUCCAGUCGUACAACUUUGACUUUGACUUACAAUCGGACACAUUCACGGAUUAUUCUGGCUAUUCAUCAGCCAGUUCCGACGCUUCUUCGGCCCAUUCGUCGUGGUACUACGACGAGGACCGCGACAUCUUGGCCGAAUACGACCAGCGCAAGAGCGGCGGACGCCAGAUCGGUGCUCCGCUGUAUUUGGAAAGCUCGCACCCUCGAAACCGCAAGAUUUACCAAAAACUGGGUUUCACUUAUGUGAAGACAGUCAAGGUUGCCGACGUGCUGGACUUCGAGGGUAACAAGAGAACCUUGACCUUAGACUUGAUGGUGCGAGGAGUUAAGGGAGCCAAAUGGCAGCCCCAAGACUCCUAA